CAUCACCAAGAAACAAAAACAAAAAGCAGUGUCAAAGCGAGAGUGAUCCUCAUCAUCAUCUUUCACAACACACUUGUCUUUCUUUCUCCUGUUCCUUCCUUUCCUUUCUCUCAUAUACUUUUCGCCUUCACCUCCUUCAUCCCUCUCUUCUUCCCAUCCUCUUUAAUCUAAUUAAUUAUUACCUCGUCGACCAAAAUAUAUAUAUAUAAUAAAAAAAAGUACAUCACGUAAUUCUACGUGGCUAUACUCUCUUAAAUUAAUCUACAUAUACUCUCUCAAAUUAAUCAACUAUGACGUCCGGCAGAGAAAUCCUCCAUAAGAUGAAGGAAAAAGUUUUGGGAUCAUCUGAUCCAGACUCAGGGAAAGGGAAGAGCAAGAUGUCAAAACAUAUAACUCAUGGCUUUCACUUGGUAAAGGGAAGAUCAGAUCAUGCCAUGGAAGACUACGUGGUUGCAGAAUUUAAACAAGUUGAUGAUAAUGAGUUGGGUUUAUUUGCAAUAUUUGAUGGUCACUCAGGUCACGGUGUACCCGAUUACUUGCGGUCUCAUUUGUUUGACAAUAUCAUAAAAGAGCCUGAUUUCUGGACUGAACCUGCGGAUAGUGUGAAGAGAGCAUAUAGUGCAACUGACUCUACUAUUUUAGAGAAAUCAGGUGAAUUGGGCAGAGGAGGUUCAACUGCAGUUACAGCAAUUCUGAUCAAUUGUAAGAGGCUAAUAGUUGCUAAUAUUGGAGAUUCUCGGGCUGUCUUAUGUGAGAAUGGCGUUGCUAAACAACUUUCCGUGGAUCAUGAACCAACAAUAGAAAGUGAUGAUAUAAAAAACAGAGGUGGUUUUGUAUCUAACUUCCCAGGGGAUGUUCCACGGGUUGAUGGGCAGUUAGCAGUGUCAAGGGCAUUUGGCGACAAAAGCCUAAAGAUUCACUUGACCUCAGAACCAUAUGUGACAGUGGAGACGAUAGAUGAUGGUGGAGAGUUUAUUAUAUUAGCCAGUGAUGGGUUAUGGAAGGUCAUGUCAAAUCAAGAAGCAGUUGAUGCUAUCAAAGAUAUCAAGGAUGCUCGGUCCGCAGCAAAACAUCUUACUGAAGAAGCGCUUAACAGGAGAAGCUCAGAUGACAUCUCUUGUGUUGUUGUGAGGUUUCAGUGAUUGCAAAAUUCACAUGCUAGAUUUUGUGUGAUCUACAAACUUUAAUGUAAAUAUGGAUAAAUGUUGAUAUCCAUGAGUGUUAUUAACUUUUUAUUAUGCUCAAGCAUAAGUGUGUGAUGUUUUUUUACCUGCUUUCAACCAAAUGAACUUGGAUAGUAUGUUUUAUUGAUGUAACAAUGCAUGAAAGAUUUGGUUUUGGAUUGUUAGUGCCAGAGUAUUUUGUAUGAAUGCAAGGAAGUUUGAGAAGAAUAAUACAUCUGCCAAUUAUUGUCUA